CCCCAACCGGAAACAGGAAGUUUCGACCACGAUACAGGGACGCGAAUGGAAAGCGACACACCACCGGCAGAAGUUGAUGAAUUAUCGUGAUUACCAUCGUCUCUAAAUUGAAUAGAGUAUGCUCUUUAGCGAGCCCUUCAUGCGGAGGAGGUGAGCCUGGUUGGUCACAGGGAUAUGGUAAUGUAUAGUGACUAGCGCUGGACACAACGACAACAAGGAACAGCAGAUUUGCCUGUGAUGAGUUGCGAAGGCACUGGUUUGUGGCCCCCGGGCCCACUUGCAGGGUAUUGGGAAAAAAUCCAGGAGCGCUCAGCCUCGUUGGAGACGUGUCCGUGGUGUGCUGCUAAAGGGCACAUUCGGGCUCUGCGUUCCUAUAGGAUCAGCCUCCAGGAAGUCCUCACCCUCUGCACUGACCCACUGUGCCUGUUUCCCCUGGUCUCCCGGCCUUUGGAAGAUGUCCUGGCCGGCCUCGUACCCCCUCUACCCCAAACACAGACGGGGAGGAAGAGGAAGAGUCCCGGUGGUUUGGAAAACGGAGACUCUGUAUCUUCGCCCAAAAACGCACGAUCGGAGGAGGCCGUGUCACAGAAUGAGAGUCGCCCAGUCGUGAGGAUCGCCGGCUUCACACUCAAUGAGGAAGACUGCUUUCAUAAGACGAAGCACACAACACCAGUACAGAAGGGGAGAACCGGCCAAUCAGAACCCACAGACAUGGAGCUGGCGGAUAAAACCCUCAACUAUCCACUUCCUGAGAGGGGAGGGGCCAAUGGAUACCACAAGGAUUCUGAUUGGCCGAUACCAGAGGAAAUGGACCAGAAAGUCCUAGAUGAGGGAGAAGAUGGCGUCUUUCUCCCAGAGGAGGUUACACCUACUUUAGACAAGGGGUUGCCUCUCCCAGAGAAGACUGUACCUACGUCACAACUGGCACAGUCUUUUGUAGACGCUGAGCCUGCUCCAAAGGAAGGUAUCUGUCCUUUAGACGAGGCUGUUUCUGCCCUAGAGAAGAUUUUACCUCCCAUACACUUGGCUGUUUCUGCCCUAGAGAAGAUUUUACCUCCCAUACACUUGGCUGUUUCUGCUCCACAGAAAGUUUUGUCUCCACGGGUAACUGUCCCUAAUUUACAGGACACCGUUGGUCUCCUAGAGAUUCUACCUGUCCCAGGGGAGGCUGUCUCUCUGCUAGAGGAGGCUCUACCUGUCCCAGGGGAGGCUGUCUCUCUGCUAGAGGAGGCUCUACCUGUCCCAGGGGAGGCUGUCUCUCUGCUAGAGGAGGCUCUACCUGUCCCAGGGGAGGCUGUCUCUCUGCUAGAGGAGGCUCUACCUGUCCCAGGGGAGGCUGUCUCUCUGCUAGAGGAGGCUCUACCUGUCCCAGGGGAGGCUGUCUCUCUGCUAGAGGAGGCUCUACCUGUCCCAGGGGAGGCUGUCUCUCUGCUAGAGGAGGCUCUACCUGUCCCAGGGGAGGCUGUCUCUCUGCUAGAGGAGGCUCUACCUGUCCCAGGGGAGGCUGUCUCUCUGCUACAGGAGGCUCUACCUGUCCCAGGGGAGGCUGUCUCUCUGCUACAGGAGGCUCUACCUGUCCCAGGGGAGGCUGUCUCUCUGCUACAGGAGGCCCUACCUGUCCCAGGGGAGGCUGUCUCUCUGCUAGAGGAGGCUCUACCUGUCCCAGGGGAGGCUGUCUCUGCCAUGGAGGAAGAUGCGGAGGGAAAGGAGCCUGUUCCUACCGUGGAGGCUGUCCUGGUCUUGCAGGAGGCUCUAACUGUCUUAGAAGAAGAGGCUUCACCUGGAAUAAAGGAGGGGCUAAGCGUCUUACAGAAAGAGGAGGAAGAGGAAGAAUUGGUUCUAAUCGCCUUGGAGAAGGAGGAAGAAGUCACUGCACUUGUGGCCUUGGAGGCUGUGUCUAUACCUGCCAUGAUUGAGGUUGUCCCUGCUUUAGAGAAAGAUGAGGAUCUGCCUGUCUUUGACGAGGAAGAGAAGAUACAGGAUGAAGAGCGCCCCCCGCAGGGGGUCUGUAGACCCUGCAGUGUGGACCUCAGUCAGAGCAAAGUGCAUGAUGGUCAGGAAGAUGACGGUCCUAUCAGAGCUAGAAGAAGAGCUCAGAAACUAAGCGACGAGGAACAGGAACAGGAAGUAAGCGUCAAAGAGGAAGUGGAAGUCCUGACACCGGCGCCGAAAAAGAAAAGGGGCCGGCCAAGAAAGACUCCUCUUAUUAAAUACACGCAGGAAGUGUUGCCCGACUUUGACCCAGGACUGAUCUCGACGGGGGAGUUGGUCCCGGUUCCCGGACCUCACCUGUUCUGGAAGAAUGAGCACAGUCUGGGUUGGCUGGACACCUUGUUGGUAGCGCUGGUCCACUGUCGCACCCUGAGGGACCGACGACCCAUCAAGAGGCCCACUGUGGGUCAACCGGUCUGGGAUCUGUGUGAGAGGUACGACCGAGCCUGUAGUCUCAGCACAGCCUACCAACACACUGGCGCAGAUGGUGUCGUCCGAGUGCCCUCCGCCGUGGCACAGAGGGUCCAGACUGAGAUGCAGGCCAUCAGGAUGGCCAUCUUUAAACUGCUGGAGCCUCUGCUGAAAUGUAAACUGGGUCAGAACGAGAGGCUGGUUUUCGUCCUGCCUCUCCUCCUCGGGGCUGACUCCUGGGCCGACCGUCUCUUCCAGCAUGAGUAUGACUGGCAGUUUCAGUGUACCUCGUCAACUUGCCAGCACGCCACCAAAACCAGAUGUAACAAGACCCUCACCACUUUCACCAAUGUGGUUUCUGAUUGGCACCCUCUCAAUGCUGCCAACCAAUCACGUUGCAGCAAGUGUAAUAAGAUGAAGCAAGCCAGGAUGUUGGUGCUGGAGAGGCUGUCUCCUGUGUUUGUGCUACACUUUGCGGAAGGUCUCCCUGACAACGACCUCAGCGCGUACUCCUUCACCUUCCAGCAGCAGAGGUACUCCAUCACCACCGUCCUGCAGUACGACCAGCCGCUCAACCACUUGGUCAGCUGGAUACGUAUCCCUGACGGAAGUUGGUUAGAGUUUGACGACCUGAAGCAUCCUGUCUGUGUCUCGCACACCCAGCUGGCUGUCCCGCCUAGAGAGAUCCAUGUUGUCUUCUGGGAGUUGGAGACAGACCGACCGGACAGCCCACAGACACCCUGCUCUUCUCCUGACGAAAACCUGACGAGCACUUCCUUGAUACAGAAAGAACCUCACCUGGCCAAGAUCUUUGUCGUCAACGAAUCUCUAGAAUCUCUUUCUCAGACGGUGUCUGACGACGUUGUCAUAGACGACGCCACCAUAACGGCUGACUACAUAGAUGACAAUAUGGACACCACAUUAACAAAUAACGUAGACUCUCCCAUCAUCGUCGGUUCCACCUCCAUGCUUGCUGACGUACCGUUCCAGUCCUGGUCUCACGACCUCUCUUCUCACGACCUCUCUUCUCACGACCUCUCUCUCCCCCUCCCUCUCAAUGACACGGCCGUUGUCGAGGCGCUGACGGUGUCUGACAACGCCGAUAAUGACGACAUGGACACCACGGUAACAGCCGGUGAGCCGUCCAUCGGUUCUGCCACGCUGCUCGACGCCUUCGAAGGCCUCUCCCACGAUGACGUCGUCACCCUGACCCUCGUAGAGGUCAAAAUGGACUCCGAGAGCGGACCGUUGCACGACGUCACCCCGGCGGCUCCCAAACAAAAUGGAAGAGACGUCUGCUUUCUCUCGGCUCCUAGAUCCGAGACCCCCCCACUUGCCCGUGAAAUACCCACUGAAUCUGAAACGCCCUCUGAAACGGACGACGAAGACCUCGUCGAAAGGCCAACGUCCCCCGAAACGGCCAGUGAGUUUCUCCCUGACAGCAGUGACGUUCCGUCUGAGACCGACUCUGAAGGACUCACUCCUAGUCCUCCCAGGAUCAGGAGAAGCAGCAGUAGACCUACAAUGGCGUCCAACGCUCCAGUUGCUGCAGCAGCUAAGGUGGUCACAACAACAACACCAAUGGCACUUUCUGGAAGCUGUGGUGAAAUAAUCCUGCCCUCCGUUGUAUCUAUGAUGUCACCAUCAUAUGUGGAUCCCAGCCCCGCAGCACCAGAGUUCCCUCCCUCUCCCCCAUCCCACCCCAAAACCCCCAAUACCCCCAACUCUCUGCAGAGCACGCCUGGUCUCCCUCCCUCUCCCCCGCCCCACCCCAAUACCUCCAACUCUCUCCGCAGAGCACGCCUGGUCUCCCUCCGCCACCGCACCCCAACUCCCACUGGUCGUACCUGCUCAACCGCCACCCCACCACCACCCCCACUCCCCCGGCACCCAGAGACAACCCAGUCAGUUGAACCACUCGACACCCAACCGGUUCCAGCAGCUUUCACAGAGCCGACAGACCCCCAAGAUGGCUCCCCCCAACCCAGACACCAGGUGAAGAAGCCUCCUCCUCUCCCCAAAGCCAGACUCAGUAAGGAGGACAAUGAGGCCCUGCCGGUGAAGGCUGCCGAGAUGUACGGAGGGUUCAGGAGCAGGAACGUAAAUACAAACAUAAACAAUGUCUCUUCCAAGACUUCACCUCCAACCCAGAUCCUCUCUCAAAGAAUUGACCCUCAAAAUGGCGUCUGGAAGACACCAAGUCAGCCUGGCGCCGCCCUCGCCUCGCGAAAACCUCUUAUCGACAACACUGCUGCAGCGUAUCCUAUCAUGACCUCACUUCCUUCUUCUCCGGGAGUCACGGAGCUCCAUAAAAUCUCUUCCUCCAGGAAUCAAGGCCCCGGUGGCCAGGUCUCGAAGGUUCCGGCCGGCCUCAGUGAGACAGAAGCCCUCAGGUACAAGCUGCUGAAGAAGCUGAAAGCCAAGAAGAAGAAACUGGAGAAGCUGAAUCAGAAGUUGGGUUUCCAGGCGGCUGCAGUAGGACAGGAAGUGACCCACGGACCAGACUGCGCCGACCUUCGCUCCCCCUCUACUGUUAGCUCCAGUACCUCCGCCUACGAUGAGUUCUUCGCCGACCUUCUGUCGCCCGCGACGACUGCCAGCAAUCUAUCACCGGACAGCACGGGCUUCCUGGAUAUGCUCUCCACCAAUGGACAAGAAGGGGGAGGGAACUUGGCGUGUGGGGGGAAUGCGAUUGGUGGAGCCUCACAGGGGAUGACCACUGCGACCUUACAACCGGCCAAUCACGGUGUAGUAAUGCCACUGCCUGGUCUAGAUGGGCCAAUCAUGACCUCCGGUGAGAACUUCCUGGAGGAGUUCAUAUCGGGGUCGGCCAAUCAGCAGAUGGAGACGGAAGCACUCAGUGCUUUCGACCUGUUCUUUUAGGCUUCGUUAACCACAGGUCUAGGAUCUGCAAUCUGCUUACCCAAACCCCUGAGCUUAAACAUCAAAGCUUAGCUUCAGAUCAGUGGCGACAUCUCGUUCAAUGAAAAAUAUUCUCGUGUCUAAUUCGUUGACUAGAUCACUAUAUAGGAAGUCGAGUUGCCAGUGUAGACGUGGACAGUUGCUAGGAGAAACGACAUGCUACUACACCUUUCAGUCGCGUGUGUGUGUGUGCGUGUGCGUGUGUGUGCAUGGCAUCAGUGGGUUGUUCUGUUAUUGGUAGCAUGUAUCACACAAAGUGGAGUCUCUUAACAGCCAUUUCAAAUAAACCAUAUCAUUCACGUGUUGACUUGUUUCCAAAAGAAUGUUGUGAAUGUUGAAUAGGGUUUAACGUUGAUACUCAUUGAAGCUUUGCCACCUUAUUCCCUAUAUAGUGCACUAUAUUUUGACCAGGUCCUAUAAGGUCCUCAAGUUAAAAAUAAAAAAAAUAGACAGAUUGAGGCUUUUAAAGGAAUGUGAAAUAUAGAGCUUGUUUCAGGGUAAGGUUCUGUAAGGUUAAUAGUUGUUUCAGGGUAAGGUAAGGUUCUGUAAGGUUAAUAGUUGUUUCAGGGUAAGGUUCUGUAAGGUUAAUAGUUGUUUCAGGGUAAGGUUCUGUAAGGUUAAUAGUUGUUUCGGGGUAAGGUUCUGUAAUGUUAAUAGUUGUUUCAGGGUAAGGUUCUGUAAGGUUAAUAGUUGUUUCAGGGUAAGGUUCUGUAAGGUUAAUAGUUGUUUCAGGGUAAGGUAAGGUUCUGUAAUGUUAAUAGUUGUUUCAGGGUAAGGUAAGGUUCUGUAAGGUUAAUAGUUGUUUCAGGGUAAGGUAAGGUUAAUAGUUGUUUCAGGGUAAGGUUCUGUAAGGUUAAUAGUUGUUUCAGGGUAAGGUAAGGUAAGGUUAAUAGUUGUUUCAGGGUAAGGUUCUGUAAGGUUAAUAGUUGUUUCAGGGUUCUGUAAGGUUAAUAGUUGUUUCAGGGUAAGGUUCUGUAAGGUUAAUAGUUGUUUCAGGGUAAGGUUCUGUAAGGUUAAUAGUUGUUUCAGGGUUCUGUAAGGUUAAUAGUUAUUUCAGGGUAAGGUAAGGUUCUGUAAGGUUAAUAGUUGUUUCAGGGUAAGGUUCUGUAAGGUUAAUAGUUGUUUCAGGGUAAGGUAAGGUUCUGUAAGGUUAAUAGGCGAGUGAUCGGAAUGUUCUGGAGGAAUCAUGAUACUGUUUUGCUUUAGUUUGCCUUUUUAUUAUUUUGUUUACAUUUUGUCUGAAUUACUUAAAAUCCUGAACUAGGAUAAAAAAGCCUGACAACUAUGAUAAAAAAAAAAAGCUGGGUUCGUGUUUUAGAGGUGGUUGGAACUCUGAUCUUGUCCAUCGGUUGUUUUUGAAUGUAAUUUUUGUAAUACAAAAAGUGACUUGUUGUAAAAUGUUGUACAGGAUUGGAUACUGUAUAUAAUUCUAAUAAAAUCAAAUGUUUUCUUUAAACGGA